CAAGUUUCUUCACCCUCUUGGUAGUGCUGGGCACUUUUCUUGAUACGACAUAGACUCUCCUACACUUCUCCAUAGGUUUAACGAUUUUGCAAUCCAAUCGCUCAAUAUGUUGCCCGCUCGUGCUUACGUCUUUAUGGGCCUUAAUGCCGUCCGCGUCCUCAGCCUAAUCGCCCUCACCCUCGUCUUCAGCAGCAGUAUUGUCGUCAUGGUCCACGAUGUACAGGCAGUCAACCAUUUCCUGUCCGCCAGCAGCGCCUCGGACAACUCCACCGUCAACGCCAUGGAGGACUGCGACUACAUCGAAGGCAGCACGGUUCCGAAUCAGCCCGCGGGUGCUUUCUGGGCAGUCUUGAACCGCCUGCUCAUAAUAUUCCAAGUUAUCAUGCUUUUCCUAUCCGAGAUAGGAUGGCCAGCUACGUUCUUUAAGACAUACUUCCCUGUCCUCGGCAAGGACUUUGGCUUGGGCGCUCUGGGCGUAUUCGAGUGUCUGAUUGGGGCCACUGUCCUCUCGCACCACGUAGACACGUUCACCCUUGUGGCAGCUUUCUUCCUGUUCUCCAUCGGAUGCCUUAACAUCGUCCUCGGGCUGAUCUUUCGCGAGUCCGCGAAAGCCAGACGCUCCAUCACCUCGUGGCGUGCGGAAAGGGCAGGUGUCCUUCCCUCGUUCGACGACAAGCGUCCCCCAUUCGCCCGCCCGGGCUCGACGUUCGUAUCGAACGUCUUCAUGGGAGGCAGCGAGAAGGGCCAUGACCUGACCUCCGAAUUCGGCAGCCUGAGGAGCAACAAAUCCGGGUAUGGCUUCGGAAGGCAGGGAGAGAAGGCCGCAGGCUUAAAGGGCGAGUUUCCUCAUCUCGAAGCCUCUGGAAACCCUGCCUCGAUACGCACCGCCGCCCCCUAG